CAGCCAUCCCAGGUGUAUCGCGGUCUACAUACGCAUUUGACACGGAAUUUUCGGGCCGGAUGCUUAAUACACGCGGCUUACUGUCGGCGAUGGGUUUCACGUUCGUUCGCCUCAGGCAGUUAAACUUAGUGUGCUUACUUCUGCUGCUGUCAGUCCCUCUAUCAAAGACUAACAAUGCAUAUAUGCAAAGUGGUUUGGAGGAUAUAUAUGCGGAGUCGCCCAACUGUGAACCGAUUCGAAUUAAGGACUGUCAAGACUUACCUUAUAAUAUCACUAUUUUUCCGAAUGAUAUGGGCCAGUCGACUCAAGAGGAAGCGGGACAAGAGAUUAGCCAAUUCGCACCUUUGGUGAAUAUCAGAUGUAGCCAUUCAUUGAAGCUAUUCCUCUGUUCGCUUUAUUUCCCGGUUUGCACUGGCCUUAAAAAGCCAUUGCCGCCAUGCCGCUCUUUAUGUGAACAAAACAAACGCGUUUGCGAGCCAGUGAUGCGCGAAUUUAAUUAUGAGUGGCCUCCUGUUAUGGACUGCGCCCGGUUUCCCGAGGAUUCGUUGUGCAUAUCGGAGAAUAAAACAGAGCAGCCUCCAAAGGAUCCGUCGUUCACUUGCCCAGUUCACAUGCGGGUUCCUCCUAGCUUCGAAUUCCGCAUUCGUAUGGGCGGCGGGCAGGUCAUUCCGGACUGUGGAAUACCAUGCAAUGAUUUCUUAUUCAACGACCCGUCAUCUAGACGCUUCUCCAGAUUAUGGAUUGGUCUCUGGAGUUGUUUAUGUGCAGCAUCCACGCUGUUCACAGUCCUGACUUUUCUCAUCGACAUGCCACGCUUCCAGUAUCCGGAAAGACCAAUUAUAUUUUUAUCCGCCUGUUACUUGAUGGUCGCUCUAACUUACGUCGCGGGUUUCAUCCUAAAUGACAAGGUCGCGUGCUCCGGACCAUUUCCUGCUCCAGCGACCUCGACCGGCCAACUGGAAAUGCCCCGUCUCAUCACCCAGGGCACAAAAUUCGAAGGAUGCAUCAUCCUCUUCAUGCUACUCUAUUUCUUCUCCAUGGCCAGUUCCAUUUGGUGGGUGGUGCUCACAAUCACGUGGUAUUUGGCGGCCAAAUGUCAUUGGGCACACGAGGCGAUCUCUCGUAAUGCACAGUAUCUUCAUUUUGCCGCUUGGGCCAUUCCGGCUGGGAAAACGAUUGGAAUUUUAGCUUUCGGCAAAGUGGACGGUGACCCGUUGUCCGGUGUGUGCUUUACCGGUCUCACUGAUCCGGUGGUCCUACGCAUUUUUCUCAUUACACCGCUGUGCUUGUAUUUGGUGAUCGGGACCUGCUUUCUUUUCGCCGGAUUUGUUUCCCUCUUCAAAAUUCGCACCAUAAUCAAGACUGGCGGUUCAAAAACAGACGACUUGGAGAAACUAAUUAUGCGCAUCGGUGUGUUCAGCUUGUUGUACAUUGUACCUGCCAUCGUUGUGAUCGCAUGCUACUUCCAUGAAUCCCGAAUGGCAGAGAAAUGGAUGCUCACUUGGUACACCACCGAGGUAUGUCGCAAAGUGGAUCCUUACCAUUUGGCCGACUCACUGUGUCCCGGCCACGUACGUCGUCUGGUCGAAGCCGGUGAAACUCCAGCGCGUUUGGCCCAUACGGCGGAUCAAAGUCCAGCAAAUUCCGCCGAAACUAUUUUGGCCAAAUGGUCUUCUUUAGAGAAACCGGAAUUCGAGUUGUUCAUGAUCAAAUACCUUAUGACGCUGAUUGUGGGCAUCACGAGCGGAAUUUGGAUCUGGAGUGGGAAAACUCUUCUCUCUUGGCAGCGGUUUUUCGCCCGCAUGUGCCGACGUAGACGACGGAGCCGGCGUCCCGGUUGCUGCGGUUCCACACAAGAUGAACAUUCCAUUCCAGGUUUACCCGAUGAUAGUCGACGUUGCGUCGGACAUGCAGCUUUGGUGUCGAAUGUGACCCCUAAUCCCGUAUCGGUUCCUCUGUUACAACGCGGUAUUCCUCCAGGUUCGCAUCCCGGUCAAUCUUUUGUGUUUCAGGAUACUGCCAACCCCAGUGGUUGGACAUCCAGAGGUGCACCCUCUGGGAUCACUACACCCUUACCCGAGGCAUCCGCCCCUGUGACUAGUUAUGCAACCGGCUGGAUCCCUGGUGCAAACCCCAUUUCGACCGCUGGCGGUGCCCCACAAACUGGCAUGGGGAAGACGCAGAGUGGUGCACCCGCAUCUGGUCUCGGUUUGGUCUGAUCAACUCAUUGUGCGAGUGUUGUUGCCACAUUCAUCUGUACACUAUUUUCACCCAGCCAGACUCGAAGAAACAUACUAAACACAACGGAUCCUCAUUUCGCGCUCGUUUCUAUUGUAUAUUUCUAUUUCACCACUCUUUUACUCGUUCCUCCGAUAGCCACCACUCUAACCUAUGUUCCGUUUACAUCGUCCAUGACUAGUUUUACCCAGGAAUACGGUGACUUGAUGACUUGUGUGUUUUAACUCCAAACUCCUUUGUUCAGUGUUUUAUGCGCAAAUGGUGUACAGUUCCAAUUCAUUUGUGCGGGCUGACACACGCAUCGUUUAUUUGAUAGGUAACCCUAAAUUUCUCUUUCCGAUCACUACACUUCCUCGCUUGUUUCAGCUCUUUUCUCAGCUCCUAGUAGCAUGCAUUUGUAACUUUCUACCCUCCCAUUCAUUAGCUCGACGUUUUACCCCCCACAGAAAAGCCUCCACACUCAACUGCUAAUCAUGCUGCUUUUAUUCUAAACGGUCUUUCAGUUCAUUUGAAAACUUGGUAUCUUCGAAGUCCGGUUUCUUUCCACCCCCUUUCUUGAUGAAUGAAUAUGCAUAACUGGUGGCUUUGUUCUGGAUCCAGUGAACUUGACCAACUCGCUUCUUCAUUGUCGACUCUUCUUUUUCACAUACAAUUCCGGUUAGCGCAAUCAGAUCGGUCGCGGAGCUCUACUCCCAACCGAGGAAAUCAGAAGUCACAAACCUUAACGAAAGGUAUUUUAAUCAUAACCAUCACCAAACAAGAUACAAAUAGCUUGAGACACUCAUUGUAAUCUAUAGCUCUGGUCAAAUCAGAAAUGAAGCAGGCUUUCGCUUUAUUGGGUUUUUCAUUUAUAAGUUAAACGAAACAAUCACCAGCAACUCGAUGUUGGUCAAUCGAUCUUCCUUAGAGUGAAAUGCUGUUUUUAUCUGAGAAGGUUUCCGGAUUCUUCUGGACAUUCAGUCUAUGCAUUUUAUUCUUUCCCCGCGGUCAUUAAUUCCUAGUUUUUCAAUGCAGCUCCAUCACUCUUG